UUUCUACCCUUAACGUUCAAACUAGUACAAAGGACGAGGUUCAAACUUCGAAGACAAUUCUCAGAAUUGAAGCUCAAAGAAAUGCUUUUUUUUGUUGGCUCUUGAAAACAACCCCUUUUUGGUUUUCCAAUAGAGUAAAACAAAGAACAAACGGACGAAUCAUAGCCUUUGCCACACACAUCAAAAAAAUAAUAAUAAAUAUGGAUGAAGGGGCACAUGAGAUUCUAUUCCAUUCUCCCUUUUGACUGUUUCCCUUUUAUCUCUUUUCUAAUUUUUUUUCUUCUGAAUUCUUCAUUCCAAUUUCUUGAGUAGGGAGGACCCUACUCCCUAUUUGCACCUAUUCCUAUUUCUCUGUCCCCUCUUCUAUCCUUUUGGGAAUCACCAAAUACUUGUUUGGUAUAUAUGUCAAGUUUUAUAGCUCUUUGGAAGAGAAAGUUUGGACCCUUUUGUUGUACACAAGAGUGAGAGUUCACAGUUCUACAACAAGGAUUAUUAAGAUGGACAACGAAUUUGAGGAUAGACAAGAAGAAACAGUUUCAGAUAUGAUACCAAGCAAUCAGCAGAGAAAAAAGCAGUCGUUUCUGUGGAAAGUUUUGGCCAUGAGAGAGAGAAACGGAAGAACAAUGGAGCGAGGUUCUAAUGAUUCACUUGUAGAUGCACUUUCUGAUUUAUCCGUUGAAAAUCAAGGCUCAGAACCUUCCAUGUCUUGUAGUGAAGCAAUUCAAAAUUUCAGAGUUUUCGCAGCAACAUGGAAUGUUGGGGGACAAUGCCCCACUGGAAACCUUGAUUUGAGUGAUUUUCUUCAGGUUCGAAAUGAACCAGAUAUGUAUGUUUUGGGCUUUCAGGAGAUUGUCCCUUUAAAUGCUGGAAAUGUGCUGGUAUUAGAGGAUAACGAGCCUGCUGCAAAAUGGCUUGCUUUAAUCAACCAGUCACUCAAUGGUCCUUCAGAUUUGGCUUCUAAAGGACUAAAACCAACUGCAUCUUUCGGUGGCUCAUUGUUCUUCCAAAAGCCUUCUCUGAAGAAGAUUAAGAAAUACUUCAAGAAUGUAAAUGGAAAGAGGCUAAAAAGUUGUAACUGUGUCCUUGAAAUGGAAAGGAAGGCUGCCAAGGAUUUCUGUUUUCGCUGUCAAGAAUCGAACUUAAACUUAGAUGACUCUUCCACUGAAGAGGAGGAUGAGAAUUUCCCAAUUACUGUUUCCUUGCCUAGUAAUCAGAUGAAAUACAGUCUUGUUUCAAGUAAGCAAAUGGUUGGAAUUUUUGUUAGUGUCUGGAUGAAGAAGGAACUUGUUCAGAAUGUAGGCCAUUUAAGAAUAUGUUGUACUAGCCGUGGGAUCAUGGGCUGCCUUGGUAACAAGGGGUGUAUAUCAGUGAGCAUGUCAUUUUAUCAGACAAGUUUUUGCUUUAUCUGCAGUCAUUUAGCAUCUGGAGAGAAAGAGGGCGACGAGCUUCGCAGGAAUCUUGAUGUCAUAGAGAUUCUAAAGAACACUCAGUUUCCAAGGAUUUGCAAGACACCACAUAGUAGGAUGCCUGACAAAAUUUUAGAUCAUGAACGAAUCAUAUGGUUUGGGGACUUGAAUUACAGAAUUUCUUUGAGCUAUGAUGAUGCAAAACGGCUCGUGGAAAAGAAGGACUGGCCUUCUCUUUUCAACAAGGAUCAGCUUAAAAUGGAAAGGGAAGCAGGUCGUGUAUUUAAGGGGUGGAAAGAGGGAAAGAUCUCCUUUGCACCUACUUAUAAAUAUGCCUUCAACUCAGACACUUACUAUGUUGAAGGUGUAAAAGUUUCAAAGAACAAAAGGAGAACUCCAGCAUGGUGCGACAGAAUCUUGUGGCAUGGAAAGGGAAUUCAGCAACUUUCGUACGUCCGAAAAGAAUUCAAGUUUUCUGAUCAUAGACCUGUUUGUGCAACAUUUAUGGUAGAAGCUGGGGUUACUUUCAGGGGACAAAAGAAGAAAGUUUCAACUUGCAACUUUCAGAAUAUUGAUGAUCUUGUAUCCACAAGAAGUCCAUACUAUUCUUGAAAAUUCGUAUAUUGGUGCACUAACCACAACGAUUACAAGUGAAUAAUAACUAUGAAAAUUUUGCGGUUGACGGUGAAGAAAAGAUUGAAGGUUUUAGAAUGCAUCAAGAAACAUGUGGCAUUCUGAACUGAAGAAGCUAUGAAGUUGUAAUUGAAUUGUGAUUAGAGUUAACUUUUUUUCUCUUUUCUCUCUCUCUCUCUUUUAUAUAAAUGAAAAGGGAACAAAAAAUAUGUUCCAGUCAGCAUGUACUAAGAACAUGUGGUGCUUUUCUUUUUGGAUCUAUAGGAGCUAGGCAUUGUUAGAUUAAUAGAACCAGCUUCUCAUGUAAGUGAAGAGCCAUGGUUAUAUGAAAAUUCAAAAUGAGUAUAUAUAUUUUUGACUAA